AUGAUCUAUCCUAUAUUAAACCUUCUUUCUUUCUUUCUUUCUUUCUUUCUUUCUUUCUUUCUUUCUUUCUUUCUUUCUUUCUUUCCACAUUAUAGCUCAUUUCUCUUUUCUUGUUUAUCUCUCAUUUUCUUUUUUCUCUUCCCAUAUUUUUCCUCUCUUCCCAUUUUUCUUGUUCUUCUCACCCUUCUUUUUCUUCUCUUUUUACUGAAUCUCCACAGCCUCAUUCAUUUUUUUUCUUUCUUCUCUUUAAUUUUCUUCUCAUCGUUCUUUAUCUUCUUUACGUUUUCUGAGGUUUUCCUUUUUACUUUUCUCUCUCUUUCUCUCUCUCUCUUCAUCUUUCCAUUUUUCAUUCUUUAUUAUUUUUACUGUUUUUCCUUCCUUUCUACUGUCAUCUUCUUUUACAUAUUUUUCAUUUUCUUUUUUCUUUCUUCUUCCCCUUCUUUCUUUCUCCUUGAUUUUAUUUAUGAGAAACAGAUCUACCUUCUUCUUCUUCUUCUUCUUCUUCUUCUUCCUCCUCCUCCUCCUCCUCCUCCUUCUUCUUCUUCUUCCUCCUCCUCCUCCUUCUUCUUCUUCUUCUUCUUCUUCUUCUUCGUGCAGCAUCCCUUCAGAAAAUCUCUCUUAUCUUCAUUUUGUUUCUUAUUUAUCUUUCCUUUCUUCUUUUUGCUUCUUUGUCUUCUUUCUUAUAUAGUUUUCUAUCUUUUAUUUUACUUCCUGUCUCUUUACUUUGUUCCUGCUUUCCUUCUCUUUCUUUUUUUCCUGCUUCGUUUUUUCCAUUUUUUUUUAUUUCCUAUUUUAUUUUUUCUUUUCUUUUUAUCAGUUAUCUUUGUUUUUUGUACAAUUAGCUUUCUUUUUGGCUUUAAAUUUUCUUUAUUUUCUUCCAUUUUCUUCUAUAUUGAUCUUUCUUUUUACUUAACUUUACUUUCUUUCUUUCUUUCUUUCUUUCUUUUUCAUUCUUAUUUCUUCUUCCGUUUUAUGUUCCGUUUCUGUAUUCUCUACUUAUUCUUAUUAUUUUCUCUUUGCUUUUUCAUUUUUAUACUUUUUUUUUCGCUUUUUAUCUUUACGUUUUUUUUUCUCUAUCCUACUUUCCUUUAUUUCUUUUUUAAUUAUUUUGAUUUCUCCUUCAAUUUUGUUCUUUUUUUAGCUUUUUUCUUUUCCUUCUUCUUCGAUUUUAUUUCAAUUUUGUUUUCUCUUUCACUUUUCUUUCUCUCCUACCUUCACGAUUUUCUUUUCUUCUGUCUUCUCAUCUCCAUUUGUUUUUCUCGUUUUCCUUUAUUCUUAUCUACCUCUUUUUCUUCCUUACCCCCCCCCCCAACCCUUUAUUCAACUAAUUCUUUCAAUUAUGUUUUCCUUCGGGGUUGUCCUAUUUUGCUUCCAUUUUUCUUACUCUCCCCCCUCCCUCUCUCUCUCUCUCUCUCUCUCUCUCUCUCUCUCUCUCUCUUCUUAUAUUCAUGUACUGAGUUCUUUCUCUUCUCUCUCUUUUUCUUAAUCUCUCUCUCUCUCUCUCUCUCUCUCUCUCUCUCUCCCUCUCUCUCUGUUCUGCAUAUCUCUCUCUCUCUCUCUCUCUCUCUCUCUCUCUCUUACUUUCUUACUCUCCCUCUUACUCUCUUUUAUAUUAGCUUCAAUUCCCGCUUUUUAAGGAUGUAUCCUCUUGGUCUUUUUCUCGCCUCUUUCACUCCCUCUCUCUUUCUAUUAUUCACUAACCAUUUCUCUUCAUCCCACCCUCUACGAAAAGGUCCUUUGUCACAAGUUUCAAAUGGAGACGAUAUACGACAAAGUAGUCUAACAUUAAAUCUAUCUAUCUAUCUAUCUAUCUAUCUAUCUAUCUAUCCAAACUCUGUUUAUAUCUAUAUAUCAAUAAGUCUGCCUAUUGCAAUUUCUUGUGUCUUAUUUUCUCCUGAUGAUUACUCACCCGCUUUCCCCCUCGUCCUGCCACCAUACUAA